AUCAGCUGUUCCGACCAGGGCUCAACUACAGCUAGCUGCUAGCUGCUAACAAACAAGUAGCUUAGCCUGGAUAGCCAGCACGCUGUUUCUGGUGGAUACACGUGGUCGAGAAUAUGUGGAGAUGUGACUGCAUUUAGGAAAACACAAAUAUGGAAAAGGGGGGGAAACUGUCACCUGCUCUCCAGUGUUUUGACUAUAAACCACAGAGGAGACGAGGAAAGGAGCCCGCAGAGCCCCACACAGACACACCACCACCUGUGAUGUUACCACAUCCACAUGUGUCUGAUCAGAGUUUAAGAGGGAACACAAGGAGUUCAGGUGUGAGCCAAAAGCAGAAUGCAUCAAGUGCAAAUGGAGGGCCAGCAGGAAAAGGGGUAGAUGUGUCAAGGAGUCAUGGCUACAGCAGCAGCCGGCGUGUUCGAGAGACCAGUGAUGAUUUCCUGCAGAGGGAGAGGUCCACAUGGGGUCCUCAAGCUAAGACGUCAAAGGGAAGUAAUGGCUAUCCUGCUCAAGGCAAAGUUAUGGACAAGAACUCAUUGGAUGCACAGAAAAGAGGUUUUAGAGGAGCCAGAUCUCUCCCGAACUCUGCAGGGAAGCCAAAACCAGCUGAGGCAGACCUGGUGUCUUUUGAAGUGAAGAUGACUGAUUUCCCAGAGUUAGCCGGUGGUUCGCUGGGCAAAGCAGGCCCUCACCUUAUUCAGAAAGAGUGCUGGGGUCCAACUCCUCCAUCCUCGAGCCCUCAAAAGCAAACAUCGGCAUCUUCCUGGAAGUCUGUUAGGAGAGGAUCCCCAACACAAACUUACCCCAAACAAAUUGCCUUGAAUCCUGAGCCAGACUCCUCUGCUGCUUCACCGGGUCAGCCGUUUGUGACUUCCUGGGCUAAUGUUGCCUCUCAGCCUCCAAAAAAACCUGUCCCUAAAGAGAAGACAAUCAUCAGCAAUCUGCAGGCGGAGGAAAUGGCUGCACGGCGGGAGGAGGGAGCUCCAGGUAAGAAAAAACGGAAGAAGAAGAAGAAGGCGGCUAAAGGUGCUGUUGAAGAUGCAGAAGAUGAGUCCGAAGAGCAAGCAAUGUAUCAGGAGCUUCCAAAAUUUGAGGACGAAGAGGAGUUUCCAGGCUUGACUCCUGCUCUGACUGUAACUGAUAGAUUGAUGACAAGCAGCUAUGCAGCAAAACUAUGCAAUGAGGAAAACCAAAGAGAAGGUGUUCAGCAUCAGUCUGCCGACCACCCCAAGGAAAAAUCCACUGCAGCAAAAACUCAGCCCACAGAGACGGCUAAGAAAGGACAGAAAGCUGAAAAGGUGUCUGGGAAGAAAAGCAAAGUUCCUGUUCAGCUGGACAUCGGAAACAUGUUGGUCGCCCUGGAAAAGAAGCAAUCCCAAGCCAAGCAGGACGCCAAACCAGUCAUUCUCUCAGUUGGUGGUGGACUACCUGUUGUCCAGAAGCAACCAUUGGUCCAGAAGAAACUGCAUUGGCAGCAGGAUAAAAUUGCACACAAUCCUCUGGACUCCACCAGCCCUUUGGUCAAGAAAGGCAAGCAGAGAGAGGUGCCCAAAGCCAAGAAACCCACUCCUCUCAAAAAGGUAAUUUUGAAAGAAAGGGAGGAGAGGAAACAAAAACGUUUGCUGGAAGAGAGAGGACUGCUGCCUGAAAAUGACUUAAAACCUGAAAAUGACUUAAACCCUGAAAAUGACUUAAAACCUGAAAAUGACUUAAAACCUGCUAAUGAUGCUGCAGAAGAAGAAGAUCAGUGUGAAACAAAUGCCACAGAUGAGGUUGGAAGUCCUACGGAAGAACUUGACGACCAAUCAGAGUUUAACGGCACAAACCAGAUGGUGAUAGAGGUUGAAGAAGAGGCCGACAAAGAAGAAAUCAUAGAGCAACAAACCACCUCACCUGUACCUUGCCCUGCCAGUCGACCUAAAAUCCACAGCAGAAAGUUCAGAGACUAUUGCAGCCAGAUGCUGAGCAAAGACGUGGAUGAAUGUGUGACGGCUCUGCUAAAGGAGCUGGUUCGUUUCCAGGACCGCCUGUACCAGAAGGACCCCAUGAAGGCCCGCAUGAAAAGACGCAUUGUGAUGGGGCUCAGAGAGGUCCUGAAGCACCUCAAACUCAGGAAGGUCAAGUGUGUCGUCAUCUCUCCCAACUGUGAACGCAUCCAGUCCAAAGGAGGCCUGGAUGAGGCUCUGUACACCAUCAUCGACACUUGUCGGGAACAGGGGGUGCCAUUCGUGUUUGGCCUCUCCAGGAAGGCUUUGGGUCGCUGCGUCAACAAGGCCGUGCCUGUCAGCCUGGUGGGCAUCUUCAACUACGAUGGUGCACAGGACUUCUAUCACAAGAUGAUCGAGUUGUCGUCUGAGGCCAGGAAAGCCUACGAGGUGAUGGUGUCGAGCCUGGAGCAGACGGGCCAGGCAGAUGAAGAGGAGGCAGUGAACGCUGAGGAAAAGCUGCAGAUCAGCGGCCUGGCUGAGGAAGCUGAGCCCGGUCCUAACCCCAUACAGCUGGAGGAACCAGAGUACAUAAAAAUUUGGAAGAAAAUGUUGGAGAAGGAUUGCAACCACAAAUUUCUGAACUUUGAGGAGCAGAUGAGCUCCAUGCACUUGGACAGUGUAUGUGCUGAAAACACUGAUGAAGAUGACAAGAGUUGA